CACCCUCUCUGAGUUUCCUUGUUUUAUGCUGGGCUGGUGCCCUCUUUUUGUGCCCAAAAAACAGAUACUCUGAGUCUGAAUGUUCUUCGGAUUCUCUGUUGAGGGCGUGGCUUCAAAAUCCACAAAACAUUCAGUGCUACUGUGUUCAGCGUUCAGAUCAGAGCCAAGCCGAUAGCCAUGGCUAGGAUUUUGUCUACAUCUUUCUCCGCUGCCUCUUCCCCUUUAUUCACUCAUCGUUAUUUCUCUCUGACCCCUAAUCCACGACAUUGUUCUUUUCCACGUCCAAUCGUUCCCCAAAAGCACAAGAACUUGGGGAUUGCUGCCCAGGCCAACGUUGCUCAGAGUGGAGGCUCGUCAAUUAAGUCGUUCGGCCAGUUGAUCGAAUCGUUGAUUAAUGGCGAGAGUUUAUCGGAAGCCCAAGCUGAAGCAUCCCUUGACUUCUUAUUGAACGAAGCGGAUGAGGCAUUGAUAAGCGCUUUCCUUGUACUUUUGAGAGCCAAAGGAGAGACUUUUGAAGAAAUUGUGGGAUUAGCAAGGGCGAUGAUUAAACAUGCCCUGAAGGUCGAAGGAUUGGUUGAUGCGGUUGACAUAGUUGGAACUGGAGGCGAUGGUGCAAACACCGUAAACAUUUCAACUGGGGCUUCGAUACUUGCUGCUGCUUGUGGUGCUCAAGUUGCAAAGCAAGGAAACCGUUCAAGUUCUUCUGCGUGUGGAAGUGCUGAUGUACUAGAAGCAUUGGGAGUGGCUAUUGACUUGGAUCCCGAGGGAAUAAUAAGAUGCGUGAAUGAAACUGGAAUUGGUUUUAUGAUGUCUCCGAAGUACCACCCUGCGAUGAAGAUUGUCCGUCCUAUAAGAAGAAAGCUAAAAGUAAAAACUGUUUUCAAUAUAUUGGGUCCCAUGUUAAAUCCAGCAAGAGUACCUUAUGCAGUUGUUGGAGUAUAUGCAGAAGAUUUGGUCUUCAAAAUGGCUGGGGCACUUCAAAGGUUUGGCAUGAAAAGAGCUUUGGUUGUCCAUUCUGAAGGCUUGGAUGAAAUGAGUCCUCUUGGUCCUGGUUUGAUACUUGAUGUCACUCCAGAAAAGAUUGAGAAGUUCCUAUUUGAUCCAUUGGAGUUCAAUAUACCUCGGUGCACCCUUGGUGAUUUGAGAGGUGGUGGCCCAGAAUACAAUGCAGAGGUUUUGAAGCGUGUCCUAGCUGGAGAGAGAGGGCCUAUAGCUGAUGCUUUGGUCCUCAAUGCAGCAGCAGCUCUCCUGGUCAGCGGCCAUGUAAAGAACUUAGGCGAAGGAGUGUCUUUGGCACGUGAAACACAAGGAUCUGGAAAGGCUCUGAAGGCUCUGAACGCAUGGAAGGAUGUCUCUAAUAGAGUGAAAGAGAAUGCAGCGGUGGGGAUUGCUUGAAUCAAUUGUGUAUUUCUCGAACUUAGUCGCUGGAUAAAUGCAGGGAAGGCCUCAUACUGAAUAUGAAUAAGCCAAGAGAUGUCCGAUCAUCUUGCACGCAAAAAUUUGUUUUGGUAGUAGCAUGUAAAAUAAAUUAUCCAUCUCUAGCGGAAGGUUAGUCGAAUGGUAAUUUUAAAUUUAAGUUUAGAUUUUGAAAAUAGAACAGAGUUUUGUAAGUUUAACAAAAUCGAAGGAAGGCGUAUCUAUUUAUUUAUUGUUUUGAUGUAAAUGUGAAGCUCCUGAUAUUUGUU